GUGGGGCCCUGGUGAGGAGGAGCGCUAUUUUCGAUCAGUGCAGCGGGCUAUAUAUAUGCCCGUUUGGCGGCUCCAAAGAUGAAUCCGGCGGCUAUUCUGAGGUGGCAGCUGAGACAUGGGAGAGAGCACCGAGCCAGUUGCCGCCGCCGCCGUAUCCAAGGACUCGAGCAUCAGGUCCUCUCUCAGCAAAAGAAACAAGGAAGAGCAGCAGGAGGUGAAAGGUAAAAGGCUCCGAGAAAAAUUUCUCAGAACCGUCUCUCAUGUGUCUCCUGCUAGGCUUUACUGCUGCUAUGCAAUGAUCAUCAUCCUCACUGUAGCUGUGAUUGCACUUUCUGUGGCUUUGUCAUUGUCAGUGAGAAAGGAAAAAAUGGCCAUUGUGAACCCUAAGCAUGGCAAUACCACCUGCCCAGAAGACUGGAUUGGAUUUGGAAGUAAAUGCUUUUAUUUUUCUGAACACACAAGUAACUGGACAUCCAGCCAUACCUCCUGCAUGAAACUGGGGGCCCAUCUAACUCAGUUUGACAGUCAGGAGGAACUGGAUUUCCUGAAUAGAAAAAAUGGGAUCUCUGCUGCCUGGAUCGGACUGCACAGAGAGUCAUCAGAGCAGCCUUGGAUGUGGGCAGACAACACUGAAUAUAACAACUUGAUUCCCAUCCGAGGAAAUGGAAACCAUGCCUACCUGAGUGACAGAGGAAUCAGCAGUGGCAGGGACUACAUACAUAGGAGGUGGAUUUGUAGCAAAUCAAACAGCUAUACUUUAGUAGAUUCACAGCUUGUGUAGAGAGUGUGUCAAAGUCAUCAUGAGAGAUCUGUAACAUGUCAUCUACAGUUACAACAUUAUUUUUUAUCAUAUAUAAAUAUCCCAAGCAAUUCAUAUUCUGUGGUGACAUCAAUGAUGAAAAUUAUCACAGACGACUAUACUUACGGCUACUUGGGAGAGUAUGGGUGAUUCUAAAUUAAGUAAGUGUUUUGGUAUGGGUUGGCCGUAUGAAUUACAAUCAUAUCAGUAUUAGUAACCACUACUUUUAUAUCCAGACAAUGAAAUUUUUUCAUUAGCUUUUACUUUGAGUGACAAGUACUUUUAAAAAUGAAGGGAGAAGCAGGGCAGUGGUGGCAGAUGCUUUUAAUCCCAGCACUUGGGAGGCAGAGGCAGGUGGAUUGCUGUGAGUUUGAGGCCCGCCUGGUCUAAAGAGCAAGUGCCAGGACAGGCUCCAAAGCUACACACAGAAACCCUUUUUCAGUCCCCCCUGAAAACAAACAAACAAACAAACAAUGAAGGGAGGACAGGAUUGAGUCAAGAUGGGUGAAACACAGGGCUCCUGCAGGGGGCUAGAAGGGGAGGCAGAGGAGUGGAGUCUCUCCCGCACUCUCUCCCCACUGCCCUGGGAAUCCUGCAGAGGCUGUAUGACAGGUCUGCAAUCACCAAGGAGGAGCCUCAGACAUGGAUGCCACCCAAGGCAGAGCCAGAGUGAGGCCCUGCUGUUAGAAAGUCAGGGAAGAAUGGCAGAGAGAAUGGCUCUAUUUUCAGUAAAUGUGCCUUGGCAUGGAUGUAAUUUCUGUUAUCAGAACCUUUUAAAAAAUAUUUGAAGAUUGAUUCAAGAUGUUGACUUGUAGGGUGAGGUUUUUCCUUCUUUUUUGAUCUACAUCUAGAGCUAGCACUGCUGUGCAGCUGCCCUUGGCCUGCAGGUGUGAUGGUCAUACCUAAAGUGCCUUCACUGAGGGCACAGAGAUGUGCAGAGACCUGGAGCUCCAGUGGAUUCUGUCCCCAGAUACCCUGCCCAUCAGAAAAUUCUCCUUGUCUCUGGGCAACAAGAGCAUAUCCCAGACUGGUGCUAGUGGUAGUGUAUGAUCACCCUGUCUCUGAGCAACAUCAGUAUGUCCGUGAUGGAGGCCUGUUCAUUUUCUGGAUUGGACCUCAAAAAACUUAACGCUGGCAGGGUGGUAAACAGCAGCCUGGAUCUCUCACAGGCUCUGCCCCCUAAUGCACCCCAUGACCAGCCUGUCUCUGAGGAAUGGUGGGAUGCCCAAGGAGAGUAGUGUAUUUUCUGUUUUGGGCCAUCUCAAAAAACCUCCAUGGUGUGUGUUACCACCGCAUACCAUGUUGUUGUACGUGGUGUGUGCUAAGGCUGCAGCUGUACUGGUUCUGUCUACCUCUACAGGUUGUGUGGAGGCCCCAAAAAUGUGAGCCUGUUUCCACCUUCUGAUAUUAGAGAGUUGUAGGUUUCUCAAAGUAGCUGACAAGCAUAGUUGCAUGUCUCAACUCAGCAUGUGAUUACUUAAUUGUUUUGACAUUAAAAUAGCCCAUACAAGUAGGUCCAUUCUAUUCUGACAGGUGGUCACGAUAUGCAAAUGUACUUCUGCUCCUUCUUUUAUAACUAUGAGGUCACCUGGGCAGUGGCUGUCUUCAGGAUUCAUGGUCUAAGGUGCUUUACUGCUUAAACAACAAAAUGCUAAUAAUUUGAUGUCUCAAAGUGUUAAAGGAAUUAACUGUUUGAGUUGUCCUUUGUAUUAUGUAUACAAAGUCUCUUGUUACCUUUUUCCCCCACCUCCCCACCUCCAUUUGUAUUGGGUAUAAAAAUUUAUGGAAAAAUAAACGUGGGUGAUUUCAGUAUUCACUUAAAUGCCCUCCCGGUACUUUUCUAAGGUUUUUGUUUUAUUAUUUUUCAUGCAUCUUCAUAUUCUUUAUUUCUAAAAGUCCACACCCCUACCCUGGCAAGAGGUAUUUUUUGUUGAGGCUGGUCCAUGAGAAGUCUGUAUUGAUACCCAUGGACCAUGCUGUUUCUGGAGACCAUAUGGAUGUUCAUGGUCUUUGUAGGGCUAUGUUGAUGCUAGUGGUCUCUGCUGUCCCCCGAGGCCAUGUUAGUGUCUGUAUUCUGAGAUGCUGCUGGGGGCCAUGCUGAUACCGUGGCUCCUGUUACCACCAGGACCAUUGGGCUUCUGUCCAUGCUGCCACUGGAGGCCAUGCUGAUUGAUGUUCAUGGCUUGGGCCAUGGUCUGUACUGCUGUUUCAAGCCAUGUUGACAUCCCUUGUCCACGAUGCCACCAGGGACCAUGCAACUUAUCUCAUUCAGGAAAAUAGCAUUUUUCAGUGUUCUGUCCUUAGUUCAUUUAGCAUGCCCUCUUAUUUUCAAUCUAUUUUAUUUCAGAUAAACAG